CGUCGACUAUGAAAUGUAUGAUUUACGUGUCCAAUAAAAAAAAGAAGAGAAAGUACAAACGGUGCCUGGAUUGAUACGUGGCUAUUUUGAUGCGUUCUUUAUCAACUCUGUUACAAUGUUAAGAGGAAUGUGUUUAAAUAAAUUAUAUUACUUUAUCUACUUUAUCUUGUUAGAGCUACGUAAUUUAAAUGCAAACAUUGCGACGCAUAAAAAUGCCGUUUUACUCUUGGCGGAUGAUGGGGGUUUUGAAAUGCGAUCUUACUUAAAUAAAAUUUGCCAAACACCUAAUUUAGAUAAACUGGCAAAAGAAAGCUUAUUGUUUAAUAAUGCAUAUUCUUCAGUUAGUAGUUGUUCUCCUAGUCGUUCCUCUUUACUCACCGGUUUACCAAGUCAUCAAAAUGGAAUGUAUGGUCUUCAUCAAGGAAUUCAUCACUUUAAUUCAUUUGAAAAUGUCCAAAGUUUGCCCAAAAUGUUAAAGAAAAAUAAUAUACGAACAGGUAUCAUUGGUAAAAAACAUGUGGGCCCAAGUAAUGUGUAUCCAUUUGAUUUUUCACAAACUGAAGAAAAUAAUUCUAUACUUCAAGUUGGUCGAAAUAUUACUAAAAUUAAGCUGCUAGUUAGAGAAUUUCUCUCUCAAAAUAAAACAGAGCCUUUCUUUUUAUAUAUUGCUUUUCAUGAUCCCCAUCGAUGUGGUCAUUCUAAUCCACAAUAUGGAAAUUUUUGUGAAAAAUUUGGUAAUGGAGAUGUUGGUAUGGGUACUAUACCUGAUUGGUAUCCCAUAUAUUAUCAGUGGGAACAAGUAAAAGUUCCUUAUUUUGUUCAAAAUACAGAAGCUGCUAGGCGAGAUAUUUCUGCUCAAUAUACAACUAUUUCUCGCUUAGAUCAAGGUGUAGGUCUAGUUUUAAAAGAGCUGGAGAAUGCUGGCUUUAAAGACAAUACAUUAGUAAUGUACACAUCUGAUAAUGGUAUACCAUUUCCAAAUGGUCGAACAAAUUUAUAUGAACCAGGACUAGGAGAACCUAUGAUGAUUAGGUCACCAAAUCCUAAUCACAGAAAAAAUAGUGUAACAUACAGCUUAACAUCUUUAAUGGACAUUGUACCAACAUUGUUAGAUUGGUUUAACAUUCCCUAUAUGGAUCAAUCUUUAUCUGAUACAAAUGAAACAUCUCCUCCUCAUUUGACAGGAAAAUCACUUCUUCCACUUCUUGAUCAAGAGCCCAUAGAAAAUAACACAGCUGUUUUUGCUAGCCAAACACAUCAUGAAGUUACUAUGUAUUACCCCAUGCGUGCUAUUAGAACUAAAAGAUAUAAGCUUAUACAUAAUAUUAAUUAUAAAAUGCCAUUUCCUAUUGACCAAGACUUUUACGUGUCACCAACUUUUCAGGAUCUUUUAAAUAGGACUAGAGACAAUCAACCACUUGCAUGGUAUAAAACAUUAAAAAGUUAUUAUGAGAGACCUGAAUGGGAAUUAUAUGAUUUAAAAUAUGAUCCAAGAGAAAGCAAUAAUAUUGCUUCUAAAUCAUCAGCAAAGCAAAUAUUCAUUGAUUUACAAGAAAGAUUAUUUAAAUGGCAGAAAAUGACUAAUGACCCAUGGCUUUGUGCUCCUGGAGGAGUUCUUAAUAAUGUUGGAACUACAGAAUCUCAUUGUAUGCCUCUUGACAAUUUUUUAUAA